AUGCCAGCAAGUUCUUCGCACGAUGAUCCUGUUGGUUUCACUCUAGGCGACCCGACAGCCUUACUCGGCCUGCAUCUUGGUUCAGAUCCCGCCAUCAUCGCUCACACACAUACGUCUCUUCCUCAGAGUUUACCAUCGCAUCUUCAACUACUAUCUUCGCCCAGUAUCGCGACUCCUGAUUUUUCGCAGCAUCCCGGCCCGCGACGACACUGGGACGCUUGGAACCCGUUGCUGGUGACAAACCCCCAACCACUAUUAAAUCUGCCACCGGUGUCCACCGACCUGCGUCCAACCUAUUUGCAUCAACAGAGCGCGCCGUCUGAAAGGGCUAGCUUACACAAUAACAGCCAACGAUCAUCCGACUCGGGAUAUGAGACGCGCUCGACCUCAACAGCCUCGUCCUCCGCGGUGGAUACGGCAUGUAGUCCGCAGUUCGCAUCGCCCCAAGGACCUGAAUCUGCGUGCUCCAGUCCAGAUCAGGAUAACCGGGAAGUCUCUGUGCAGUCCCCCAUAGAAUACAUCAAAUGCGAUCAUCCUAAUUGCAAAUGGAGUGGAAGAUGUCCGUCUGAUAAAAGGAAACACGAAGCAAGGCAUAAGAAAUUGUUCAAAUGCGAUGAACCAAACUGUGCCCGCAGAGAGGGCUUCGGCACCAUCAAUGAUUUGGCCCGACAUAAGAAAUGCGUCCACAAGCAAGAGCCCAUGCGCGGUCCCAAAGUUUUACACGUGUGCUUUGGAAAUCAUUGCACGCGCAAAGGCAAAAUGUGGCCACGCUUGGAUAAUUUCAAACAGCAUCUGACGCGGAUGCACGGUGGUGAGGAUGCUGCGGAGUUGUUGAAGAAAUCCGAAGAAUGGUACCAAGAAUAUGCCAAAACGCAAGAGACAAUGCCCGAUGGUUUGCCACGCAAUGAUAUGGGAUUUUUUGGGCAACAGGAUGGUUGCACUGCCGUCAUCCCAAGUCAAACUGUUACCAGCUCGGACUUUCAAUGGUCGCUGAAAAGUGAGAGUUCAAAAACGGUGAUCAGUGAAUCCAGUAAUCGGUUAGCGAGUCUUCAGAGCAGUCCUGUUGCUCCUCCGAUGCAGUCUUCCCUUCAUGACCAAGCAGCGACUCAGUCACCGCUAUUCAAGUCCAAAUAUCAGCCACCUCCACGAAUGAGAGCAGACAGCAUCCGUUCUACCGAGACUGCUAGGGAUACGAAUGUGAAAACCAGUGUCACCGAAGCUGCGGGGAGCGUAAUCAACGCCAUGUCGAAGCUCAUGGACCGCAACCAACACAGGCAACAACAGCAACUGGAUGAAGGAGUUGACAUGAUGGAUCCAAAUUCGGAGUUAUGUGGCCGGAAGAAAGAGCUACUUCAAAAGAUCUUCGCUGCCGCGUUGGAUCAGUUGUCAUCCGACCAAUCCGCUAGUAGAGUUGCUUCGGAUCCGCAACCAGAGGCUGGUAAGGAGGGUUGGUUCACGUGCGAUAAUUGUCCGAAGCGCACAAGGCUGCGCUGUGAAAUGAAGAAACAUCAGAAACGCCAUGAGCGGCCGUACGGAUGCACAUUCGAUGGGUGUAACAAGACAUUUGGCAGCAAGGCUGAUUGGAAGCGGCACGAGAGCUCGCAGCACUUUCAUUUCCAAGGAUGGCGCUGUACCAUGUCCGACCCGGACAAUAGCCAUAUGACAUGUGCCCGCUUAUUCGACCAACAGGAGGUAUACGUGCAGCACCUACGGGAGCAACACUGUGUCGAUGAGGACGUCGUGCAAAUGGCCAUGAAAAACAGCUAUCUUGACCCGAAUGGACAAGAACAGUAUUGGUGUGGGUUUUGUCGGGAUAUCAUACCUCUCCGAAGCCGUGGUCUGGCGGCGAGAAAUGAGCGAUUCAACCAUAUCGAUAUUCAGCACAUUAAGAAGGGCCAGCGCAUUGGUGACUGGCUACCAUUAUCAGGACAUUUGACGAAAAAACAACACAACGAAAUCGAAUACGACACGCGAGCAACGAGUGACGAGGAUUAUGAUGAAGAUGAUGACGAUGACGAUAACGACAGCUCUCGCAGCACUUGCCUAUGGGACCGGAUGAGUUACGACGGUUCGAGGAACGCCAUUUCUGUGCAACGGAAUGACAUUGGAUUGAAGAAGAGACGGAGAGUCAGCCCUGGUUCUGCUUCCCGGAAGUCCAGGAGAGUAAACUCUGUCGAGGACUCAGAUUGUGAUUCCACGGAGUACGAUCUUGGUUUGGAUCCGGUUCCGGAACUGUUUGGUUAA